AUGAGAUACUGCAUUGCUGAACCAAGCGAGUACCUCGUGCUCACUGGAGCCGGGAUCGCAGACAUCGAGAUUCUCAAAAAAGCCUGGGUAUGGCCAUGGCAGCGGUGCGCAAGAAUCUCGGUCAUGCCGUUCGACUUCUCCCUUAGCCUGCAGGCCAUGACAAUCGAAAAGCUUCAGUUCUCGCUACCUGCAGUAUUCACCAUCGGCCCAGAGGACAAGCUGUCGUCCCUCAAAAAAUACGCGCUCUUGCUAUCUGGCAAAGCCGACGAAAAGUCCGCCAGGCAACCGGCGGUAGAAGAACUGACCACACCGGCUACUAGAAACCAUGUCCAGGAUAUCGUGAAGGGUAUCAUCGAAGGCGAAACCCGCGUCAUCGUUUCCAGCAUGACGAUGGAGGAAAUCUUCAAGGAGCGCCAAAUCUUCAAGUCGAAAGUCAUCGCCAAUGUCCAGAACGAACUUGAGCAGUUCGGACUCAAAAUUUACAAUGCCAACGUCAAGGAGCUCCAGGACACCAAGGGCAGCGAGUACUUCGCCUUCCUAAGUCGAAAGGCCCACGAAGGCGCCCUGAACCAGGCCAAAAUAGAUGUCGCAGAAGCCCGGAUGAGAGGUGAGAUUGGUGAGGCCGAGAAGAAGGGACGGACCAAGCAAGAAAUCUCCAAGAUCGAUGCGGACACCGCCGUUCUCGAAACCAAGCGAAAGGCCGAAAAAGCCAAGGCCGACUCUGAGCUCAUGAACCGCCAGACAGAGCUUGAUUCCCAAGUGGAAAUGGGCAAGAUCAUUGCUAAGCGUCAAACGGAAACGAGGGACGCAGAGCUGCAGAAGCAGGUUGAGACCAAGCGGGCGGAGACAGAGCUCGAGCGCCUUAGGGCUAAGCAGGUCACCAAGAGUAAAGUGGAGCGAGAGUCUGCCCAGGAACAGGCAGAUGCGCUUUACUACUCUAGCACGAAGGCUGCAGAAGCGAAGCUCUACGAAGACAAAAUGGAAGCAGAUGCGAAAUUCUACCGCUCGUCCAGAGACGCAGAUGCCGCGUUUAACACAAAGAAGCGCGAAGCCGAAGGUGUCCUCGAAAUGGCCAAGGCUUACGGGGCCCUUAUUGGCGUCCUCGGUGGUCCCGACGCUUUCCUCCAGUGGAAGAUGAUCGAGACCGGCAUGUACGAGAGACUGGCUCUGGCCAACGGCCAGGCUAUUCAAGGUCUUCAGCCCAAGAUCACCACAUGGAACACUGGCGAUGCAAGCGGUCCUGGCGAUGCAAUGGGCCCGAUCCGAAAUAUUAUGCAAGGUCUUCCUCCCCUGCUCAGCACGAUUCAUGAUCAGACUGGCAUCAAGCCCCCGCAAUGGUUUGCUCAGCUACCAGAUGGCGAAGGCGCAGCAAAUCCCAAGGCCGUGGCCAGCAAGUAG